UCUCUCUAAAAAGUAAAAACUAAAACAACAAGCAAGUGGGGCUUUAGUUUUAGUUCUUGCUGGUCAGUCUAGACUCUAAAGAAAGACUUUGGAAUAGGGGUUUCAUGGAGAAAUUCAACAAAGUACAAGCUGUGACUCUCAAGAGCCACCUUGACAAGUACCUAGUUGCCGACGACGACAACAAAACGGUCCGGCAGAGCCGAAACGGCACAUCGAGGAAGGCCAGGUGGUUCGUAGAACUAGUGGAAGGAAAGAGCCACGCAAUCCGGUUGAAAAGCUGGAACGGCAUGUACCUAACGGCAACUGAUUUGCCGUUCUUGCUAGGCAUGACUGGGAACAAGGUGUUGCAGACCGUGCCAGAUCGUGGGUACGAGUGGAAGUACGAGUGGGAGCCGAUUCGAGACGGCUUUCAGGUCAAGUUCAGGACUUGGUGCGGUACCUACCUUAGAGCCAAUGGUGGCACGCCACCGUGGCGGAACUCGAUCACGCACGAUGACCCACAUACCUCGUCGACUCAGAACUGGGUUCUCUGGGAUGUCGAGGCUGUCGAGGUCUCUGGGACUGACUUGGUUAUCGAUUUUCUCCAUACGAAGUCGAGUUUGUCUUCUUUGUCCGAUGAUGUUUUUGGUUCUGAACCCGGCUCGCCUAUGUCUGUUAUUUCCUCGAUUUCGCCGAAGUCGAUUUCUAAUAAUAAGCUGAGCAAAUCCAACAUGUUUCGCUCAGGAAUGGACCUUUUCUACAACGCCAAGGCGGUGCGUCUCCGUAGCCACCAUGACAAGUACCUUCUAGCUGAUGAAGAUGAAGAGUCGGUGACCCAAGAUCGAAACGGGUCUUCCAAAAACGCAAGGUGGACUGUGGAGUUUGUCGAAGGCACAGAUAGCAUAAUCCGGCUCAAGAGUUGCUACAACAAGUACCUCACUGCCUCGAACCAGCCCUUUUUGCUUGGGAUGACUGGUCGAAAAGUGAUCCAAUCUCUGCCUCGGAGGCUCGACUCUUCGCUCGAGUGGGAACCCGUUAAAGAAGGGUCCCAAGUCAAGCUCAAGACUCGGUAUGGUAACUUCUUGAGAGCCAAUGGUGGUGUACCACCUUGGAGAAACUCCAUCACCCAUGAUAUUCCUCACAGGACCGCCACUCAGGAUUGGAUUCUCUGGGAUGUUGAUAUUAUCGAGAUUCAAGUCCAGUCUCCGAGACAGAUCUCACAGCGGCCCCCAUCUCAACCACUUUCACAUCAGGAUUCUUUGGAUUUCGAUCCCAAUUCACCCUCUUCGGGUUCAAUCAAAUCCGAGAAGUUUUCUAGACAAGAGUCUAGUGAAUCGAAUCAGAGUUCACCACCAAAAACGGAAGGGAGGACUAUAUACUAUCAUGUGGCUGAAGAUAAUGGUGAAGUGGAUGAUGGAGUUGUGGAGGGGUAUUCUUUUACUUUCAAGGGUAAUGGGGUUGAGGAAUUGACUCGUAAAUUGGAGGAAGAGACGGGUUUGGAAGGUAUAAUUGUGUGUACUCGAAGUCCCUUGAAUGGAAAUCUUUAUCCCCUUCGGUUGCAGCUUCCUCCAAACAAUGCAACUAUGCAUGUUGUUUUGGUUCUAGCUUCAUCAACAGUGGCACAGGACUUCACAAAACGAGCGUCAUGAAAAGCAUCCUGGGGCGCAUUACAAUUUUGUUCAUAUGAAUUCACAACUAUUCUGUAAAUUAUGAUUCAUGCUGCUUCAUAUGCCACCUCAAAGCAUUCAGGAAUAAAUUGUCACAGGUUACACAUCUUACUCUGUUGUGUUAAGUACUGGCAAUCCAUACAGUUAAAUCGAGAAGGCUCUAAGCACAUGCUUUUAUUUGCCAUGAUGGGGAGUCAUAACUCAUAUCGGCACUCGUGCCCCAUCAAUAAAGUUCCUGUUUGGUUCUUCUAGGAAGCUGAUUCUGAUGAUACUCCUGUGGUAUUCAUCAAAGUUUAUGUUGUAAAAUAUAUACAUGCACACUCUUCUGCAUUCAAGCAAUGUAAGGUUUUGUGAUUUGCUUCUCCAAAAAAAAAAAAGGGUUUUGUGAUUUUGUUUCCCCUGCUGCUUUUAGUUUCUCUUCCUAGGCUUGCUAAAAUAAUUCUAUUGUACAAUUAUUGGCAAAGGUUUUUUGAUCUAAUAUAUUUGAUGGUUUAGUAUUAA